AUGAUAAAACGAGUCGAAUUUGACGGAAAGGUUUUUAAUAAAGGAUUCUCUGGUUAUAUCCUGUAUUCAACAAAUAGUGCAUGGAUUUGGAUUGGAGAAAAGUCCAUAACAUCGAUCGGCCUUGCGAAUUUCCCAUUAUUCUCAAUGCUUUCUGACGGCGGGAACACUCAACGUGAAUUCAUCAAAUCGGUUGCACUAAGGCUCACGAAAAAGUCGCGAUUUGCGCAGAUUUUCUUCACCACCGAUAUCGAAUGCGAGGACGCUAUUUUUUGGAAAGAACUCAACGAGCUGAUGACAACGAAAUUGACAGAAUUAGCUGUGGAAUAG